AGGAAAGGAAAAAAACAAAACUGAGCUCCGAGUCAAGCCACAAAACAGGAGACAGACAGACACAACAAAAAUGCCCUCCUGCACAGCUUCCCCCAAAAUGACACGAACGGUAGCCUGCACUCAGAAACAGAGAGACAGCCCUCUUCCAGGAAGAGGGUGGAGUCAAGUCAACGCAGUUCAUCACGUUGACUCGACACAUUGAGGUUGAAGCCUAAAAUAACUGAUAUGAUGCCGGAGUGAAAUCCUGUUCUGAGCUCCAGAUUAAGGCGGGUGACGUCGGGAUGUGUGAAACGCACCUCGGUUCUUCUCUCAGUUUUGGGUUUCUUUAAAAAGUCUUUUGUUGCUUCCUGCUGCUCCUCUCUCUUUAAAUCCCCCGACGUCUCCCGAUUCAAGAGAAGGGACCACGGAGAGAUCGAGGGAAUAGGAGGUGGAGGCAGAGCUUUUGAAUACACUGAAAGAAGGAAGUGAGGAGUUAAGAGGUCGGAGGACAAAGAUCUCAUACAGGAAGGAGGCGGAAAGAAGCAACUGCCACACACAGACCUCUAUAAAAACUCUCCAUGGCAGAUACGGAGACAGCAAAUAACGAGAGGACGACAAAAUACGAUGGACAUGGGGAGUCCAGGAAGUUUGACCCAAACUUCAAAGGGCCGCUUCACAGCAGGGGCUGCACAGAUGUCCUGUGCUGCAUUCUCUUCAUCUUGGCCUUGUUGGGCUACUUUGCUGUUGGCAUCGUCGCCUGGUCUCAGGGGGACCCCAGGAAGGUGAUCUAUCCCACGGACAGCAGGGGGCAGUUCUGCGGACAAGCUGGAACUCCUCUGGCGAAGAAGCCUCUUCUGUUCUACUUCAACAUCCUGAAGUGUGCCAGCCCUCUGGUGCUGCUGGAGCUCCAGUGUCCCACCACACAGUUGUGUGUGGAAAAAUGUCCUGACAGGCAUCUGACGUUGGUGAAAGCCAAGUUAGGCAGCAAGGAAGACCGUGAAUACUUCCAACAGUUCUGUAAGGAUGGAGUGGACAUUGCCAAACUGAGUCCUCCUGAGAUCCUGAGUGAGGGCUCGUGUCCGGCCAUGCUGAUGCCCAGUAAAGCCUUCACGCGUCGCUGCCUUCCCGCCCUGGGAACGAUGAAAGGCGGGGUGGUGGUGGUGGGCAACGAGACCACCUUCGACGCGGGACAGGGCUACAAUGUCAAUGCCACCGACGUACUGGAGGCAUCCAAGAAAUCAAAUGUGGUGAUUGAAGCUCGCCAGGUGGCGAUGAGAAUCUUUGAGGACUACACUCACUCCUGGCAUUGGAUUUUACUUGGUCUGGUGAUCGCGAUGGUCGUGAGCUUGAUUUUCAUCGUCCUGCUGCGAUACCUGGCCGGCAUCAUGGUCUGGGUCAUGAUCGUUCUGGUCAUCUUAGUCCUCGGAUACGGGAUCUUCCACUGUUACAUGGAGUAUGCGAGUCUGAAGGGCGAGCCGGGCUCCGACGUGACCAUCCGAGACCUGGGCCUGCAGACGGACUUCUCCGUCUACCUGCAGAUCAGACAGACCUGGCUGGCCUUCAUGAUCAUCCUGGCUAUCGUGGAGGUCGUCAUCAUCCUCCUGCUCAUCUUCCUCAGGAAGAAAAUCAUGAUUGCCAUCGCCCUCAUCAAAGAGGCCAGCAGAGCUAUUAGUUAUGUGAUGUCAUCCCUGUUUUACCCUCUGCUGACCUUCAUCCUCCUGGCCGUGGUGAUCGCGUACUGGGCCAUCACUGCUGUCUUCUUGUCCACCUCCAACGAGCAGGUGUACAAAGUGUUCAACAACUCCGACUGCGAGUACUCAAGAGAAACCUGCGACCCCAAGACAUUCAACACUUCCAACAUCACAGCUCAGUGUCCGGAUGCCGAGUGCCUGUUUGCCUUCUACGGCGGGGAGACCCUCUACCACCGAUACCUCGUCCUGUUCCAGUUCUACAACGUCUUUCUCUUCUUCUGGUGCGCCAACUUUGUGACGGCCCUGGGCCAGGUCACGCUGGCGGGGGCCUUCGCCUCGUACUACUGGGCCUUCAAGAAGCCCGAUGACAUUCCCGCCUACCCCAUCUUCUCCUCUCUGGGUCGGGCCCUUCGAUACCACGCGGGCUCCCUGGCCUUUGGCUCUCUCAUCCUGUCCAUGGUUCAGGUCAUCCGGGUCUUUCUGGAGUACCUGGACCACAAGUUGAAAGAUGCUCAGAACAAAUGUGCUAAGUUCAUGCUCAGCUGCAUGAAGUGCUGCUUCUGGUGUCUGGAGAAAUGCAUCAAGUUCCUGAACAGGAACGCCUACAUCAUGAUCGCCAUCUACGGAAAAGGUUUCUGUCCCUCAGCUCGAGAUGCCUUUUUCCUUCUGAUGAGGAACAUUGUCAGGGUGGCCGUUUUGGAUAAAGUGACUGACUUCCUACUGUUUCUUGGGAAGCUCCUCAUUGUUGGAAUCGUCGGCAUCUUCUCCUUCUUCUUCUUCUCUGGUAAAAUCCAAGCGGUGGGUGAGGCCGUUCCAUCGUUGAACUACUACUGGGUGCCCAUCCUGACGUUGGUCGUGGGAUCCUACCUCAUCGCCCACGGCUUCUUCAGCGUGUACGGCAUGUGCGUGGACACGCUGUUCCUCUGCUUCUGCGAGGACUUGGAGAGAAACGACGGCUCCUCCGAGAGGCCUUACUUCAUGUCCCCCGAGCUGCACGAGAUCCUCUCCAAAACCCAGAAGCUGGAGGACGAGCACGACGGCGUCGAGCAGGACGGGGAACCCGCGAAGCGAGCGGACGAGGUGAAGCUGGAGGAGGAGACCCCUCUCAAGCAGCCACAAGAUGGAGGCAUCCAACUGAAGCAGCAGACGGUGCUCAAGCAGGAGAACGAAGAGGAGCAGCCUCUGCAGGCGGAGACGGCGGCCGAAGAGCCGAAAGAGGAGGAGAAGGAAGAAGAGAAAAUAAUCGGUCGGGAUGAAGAGGAGGAGGAGGAGGCUGAGCGGAAAGAAGAAGCCGAGGUUAAAGAAGAGGCGGAAAAGCAGGAGUUGAAACCGGAGGAAAAGAAGGAAGAGGCGGAGGCGGAGAAAGAGGAGACUGGCGACAAGAAAGAGGGGAAAAAAGAAGAAAAUAAAGAGUAGAAGUUAACGGCAAAGGGCGAGAAAUGAGGCUUGGUAGACCUCAGGAGAAGGAAAAGAACGGUUGUCUACGACGUUGUGGUCUACGAUGAGCUCUGAAAUAUCCGAUGUCCCUGCUGCGUGAGAGGUGCCGCGUCCAGCUGGGAGAGGGUCGUGGUCCAACGUGUGAAGGUCAAAGCAGGUCAAAAAAAGCCCAGUGCAUCUCUGUAGCUUCCCCAAAAAGAAAAAAAAUCUCUGUCGUGUUGGUUUUUAGAGCAGUGUUGGUUUUUUCUAUCGUGACGAUCUGUAGAACAUCGUGAGUGCUGAACCUGUGCCUGAGUGCUGUCACCACUACGUGUCGUCUUCACGCACGACAGAACCGCCGAGUCCCAUGUUUACAGCCGAAACUACACACGUCUCAAUCAACGGUGAACCUCUUUUUUUCACUGUUUACAAUAAUACCAGCUGACGCCAAAAUGUUUCACACAUUUGAUAUACUGUAUGAAUAUUGGAUCUUUUUUUCUUCUUUUUUUUCCUAUGGAACUUGCAUAAUAUUGACAGCAUUCCAGCGUCUGUUCUGUAUUUGGUUUGGCUUCAUGUAUUGUAGAGAUCCAAAGAUGGGGUCCUAUGUAUUGAAAUGCCACCUACUUGCCUUGGUAUGUUUUGUCGGACUGGCGUGAAGUGCUGGGAUUGUGUCGCCAUGACGCAACCAUCGUGACCUCUCUGACCCCCCCACACACACACACACACACACACACACCCCUGCCUUGCUGUGCCCCUAUCCUCUCUCUUACUCUCUCUCUCUAUAAGUGCUGCAUGGUUUUUGACAUGACCUUCUGAAUGCUCUCAACUACUAACAUCUUUUAAUUCUCUGGAUGCUUUUGUACCGUUUUUUCUUGUUCGUCACCUCGUGAAAAGAUGUAAGUCGAUUUUUCCCAAUGUAUACGUACCGAUGACAUUCCAUAUUUAUUGGAUGUAAAUCUUUAUUAAAGGUGAUUGUAUUUAA